AUGGCUGCAGUUUUCAAAAAGUUAUUACCUUUAGCAUCACCGAUUCAUAAAAGGGAUAAUCGCGAUAGUGACGAUGGUGAUGAAAAUAGCAAUAGUUUUCAAAUUGAUUACUCAUUCGCAAGUGAGUAUAAAGGCCCUUUUAUCGCUAACGUGCCACGAGCUAAUCCCGUCGAAGUUGAUCAGAUUCCUACAGCUCUUCCCAUUUCGUUUUCAUCAUUGCCUGGUGAUAUCUCUUACCCGGUGGUCCAACCUCUCGCUAGGACUAAUAGGGUCACCGAGAAACCACCUGAAUCCGCAGCUACUUCAAGCGUUGUUUUGAAAGGACAUCAUGUGGUUUCUGGCUCAUCAUCAUCGUCUUCAUCAUCGUCGAAGAGGUUGGAUGUAGCAGAAGAAGCGGUUGAUUUACCGUUAUCAUCAUCACCAUCAUCUGCAGAAGUAAGAGAGGAUACAGAAGAUGAUUUAAGAGCUUCGGAUUGUUCCAAUGGAGUGGAGGCGGAUGGCGAAACUGUAAAUCGUGUGAAGUUCGUUGUACCAAGUGAGGGUAGUGAAUGUGAUGAAAGCUCUUACAUUUCUGACGGGGAGAGUAUAGCUGCAACGCCUAGAGCUGAGAGGAAAGGUAAAAGAGGGUCUUGCUACAGAUGUUUGAUGGGAAACCGGUUCACUGAGAAGGAAGUCUGCAUUGUCUGCGAUGCCAAAUAUUGUUUCAACUGUGUGCGAAGAGCCAUGGGUGCGAUGCCUGAAGGAAGAAAGUGUCAGAGUUGCAUUGGUAUCAGAAUCGAUGAGUCCAAGAGAGGGAGUCUCGGAAAAUGUUCAAGAAUGCUGAAGCGUCUUCUCACGGAUUCAGAGCUUCAACAAGUCAUGAGUGCUGAGAUCUCCUGCAAGGCGAACCAAUUGCCUUCACGGCUUAUCGCUGUCAAUGACAAGCCUUUAGAUGAAGAAGAGCUUUACAUGUUGCAGACUUGUCCAAAUCCACCCAAAAAGCUUAAACCCGGUGACUAUUGGUAUGAUAAGGUUGCUGGCUACUGGGGAAAGGUAGGAGAGAAACCUUGCCAGAUUAUAAGUCCUCACAUGAACAUAGGAGGGAGUAACAUCAAGAAGAACGCAAGCAAUGGUGACACUGAGAUUUUCAUUAAUAACCGGGAAAUAACCAAGGCAGAGCUCAUGAUGCUCAAGGUGGCUGGGGUGCAAUGUGAAGGAAAGCCUCAUUUUUGGGUCGAUGCAGAUGGAACUUACCAGGAAGAAGGCCAGAAACGUUUCAUCGGGAACAUUUGGAAUAAGAAAAGAGCUAGGCUUGCUUGUGCUGUAUUCUCUCUUCCAAUGCCUCCGACUUCAUCUGCGGUAGAACCAAAUGAUGAGCCCAUUUAUACGCAGAAAAUGCUUAACAAGCUUCUUCUGAUUGGUAACGAGAAAUGUGGCGCCACUACGAUUUACAAACAAGCAAGGUCUCUCUAUGGAGUCUCAUUUUCUGAAGACGAACGUGAAAGAAUCAAAUUCAUAAUCCAAACAAAUCUCUAUGCUUAUCUGGCGAUGGUUCUUGAGGCACACGAAAGAUUUGAAGUAGAGAUGAACAAUAACCAGUCCUCGGAACAAACAGGCGAUACGGGAGAUGAGACCAGUGCUAAAACAGCUAGCUCAAUUAACCCGAGGCUAAAACAUUUUUCAGAUUGGCUUCUGAAAGAAAAGGAAGAAGGAAACCUGAAGAUAUUUCCAGCAUCAAGCCGCGAAAAUGCACAAACCAUUGCAGAUCUCUGGAGAGUACCAGCCAUUCAUGCCACCUACAAAAGACUUCGCGAAACACUUCCCAGAAACGCCGUCUAUUUUCUUGAACGAAUUCUUGAGAUCUCAAGAUCAGAAUACGAACCUUCUGAUAUGGACAUAUUGCAAGCGGAAGGACUCUCAUCUAUGGAAGGACUUUCUUGUGUGGACUUCUCAUUCCCCUCAACAACUCAAGAAGACUCUCUUGAGAGCGAUUAUCAGCACGAUCCAAACAUGAAGUACCAACUCAUCCGGUUAAAUCCAAGAAGCCUUGGAGACAACUGGAAAUGGCUGGAAAUGUUUGAAGAUGCUGACUUGGUGAUAUUCUGCGUCUCACUAACUGAUUAUGGAGAAUACAUUGAAGACGGUGACGGGAUUCGUGUGAACAAGAUGAUUGCAAACAAACAGCUUUUUGAGAGCAUGGUGAAUCACCCGAGCCUAGCUAACAAAAGGUUCCUUUUGGUUCUAACCAAAUUCGAUCUUCUAGAAGAAAAAAUCGAGCAGGUACCUCUAAGAACCUGUGAGUGGUUUGAAGACUUCAACCCGUUGAUCAGCCAGAACCAUACGAGCAGACACAACCCUCCGAUGGCUCAGCGUGCUUUUCAUUACAUCGGGUUCCAAUUCAAGAGACUGUAUGACUCACUCGUGGGACCCUUUUCGAUGCGUGGAAGGAGCUUUAGGCCGAAGCUGUUUGUUUCUCAAGUGAGCUUGGAGAGUGAUGCUGUGGACAAUGCACUGAGGUAUGCGAGAGAGAUUCUCAAGUGGCAUGUUGAAGAAACUUCCAUGUUCCAAGAGAUGUCCACUACCAGCAUCGAGGCCAGCUUGUCCUCUUAGGUUCUUCCAAAAUUGGAAAUUCAUUUUUUUUGUAUGUAAUAUAUUUGUAUGAUAUGUGUGUGUAUAAAUACAAGUUCAUCUUCAAGGGUAGGAUUAGCAACAUACGUGUGAGAAAAAAAUAAAAAUAAAUAAAAGUGAUUACAGAUUUACAGUUGGAGA